AUGGAGACCUCAAUCAACGAAAACUUUCAGAACACGGAGCUGAAUAUGGUGAUGGAUAGGCUGAAUAUAGUGAGAGCAGAAGAUGGAGAAGACAGCAUUUUCGGUGUGGACGAGUUUUCAGCGCUGUUUGAUGAAGAGCCCAGCUUGCAAGAAGUUAAGGAAACUUUCGAUGUUUUCGAUGAAAAAAAAGAUGGUUUUAUAGAUGCUAAUGAGCUUCAGAGAGUUCUGUGCAGACUUGGCCUAAAGGAAGGAUGUGAAUUGGAAGAAUGCAGAAGGAUGAUUAGAGCUUUUGAUGAAAAUGGAGAUGGACUUAUCGAUUUUAUUGAGUUUGUGAAAUUCAUGGAGAAAUGCUUUUGUUAA